AUGGCCAAGGACAAUUCCAAAAGAGUCAACAGAGGGUUCAAAUCCUCUCAAUUGGUAUCAGAGCAGAUUAUGUUGGAAUCUGAAGCUGGUGUUGACGACACCAUGGCUGAUUCUGAGAUAUCCUCUCAAAUAACUUCUCAGUUCCAAAAUCUUGUCCAAGAACUCAAGCAAUCAAAGGAGCAAGGUCAAGAAGUUCCAAGAUCAAGAGCUAGAGAUGAGCGGAGAAUGUCGGGCCUAGAACCAAGGAAUGACACAGGCCUUUUGGGACCAGGCAUCAGAGGAAUGAGCAGACAGGCCUGGUUAGAGCAAACUGAACAAAUAUUUGAGUAUUAUGACAUCAAGAGUGAUGAAUGGGUUAAGGUCUGUUCUUUCUAUUUGAGAGAAGAAGCAUUGCAAUGGUAUAGAUGGCUUGCUAGGAAUCUUGAAGAAUUCUGUCAGUGGAAAAUUUUUAAAGAAGAAAUUAUUACCAGAUUUGGGCCAAGUGAACUCUCAAGACCCUAUGAUGCUUUUUCAACCCUGAAACAGACUACUACAGUCAGGGAUUAUCUGGGAAGGUUUGAGCAAACUUUGAGCUUACUAGAUGAUCAACCUUCUAGGAGACAUAUCUUGGAAAAAUUCAUAGGGGGACUUAAAGAAGAAUUGAGGUAUGAAGUAACAGCCUCCAAACCUUCCUCAUUGAAAGGAGCAAUAUCCUUGGCCAAACUGUUUGAGGAUAAACUCAACAAUGAAAAAAAAUCUAGGGUAAAUUGGAAUACUUCAAAUACAGGAGUUGUACCAACUAGUUCAUCACCCUAUCCUUCUGUGAGAGAAAACCCCAAACCUCCUUCUCAAUUCAAAGGGCUAACUCCUGAAGAGAUACAAAGGAGGAGAAGCCAGAACCUAUGCCUUACCUGUGAUGAAAAGUGUCCUAGAGGUCAUCAGUGCAAGGGGAAGCAAAUGUUUCUUUUAGAAGGCAUUUUAAAAGGGGAUUCAGAGGAGAAUGAAGUUGAUGAUGGUGAAGAAGGAGAGGAGGACAUAACUAUAGAGGUGGUGGGCUAUUACAAGAAUCAGGCUGUUAGCAUCCUAAUAGAUUCUGGAUCAACCCACAACUUUAUAAAUUCUAAGUUGGUAAAGAAAUUGGGGCUAUUAGUAACUGAAUCUAAUAGUUUUGAUGUCUUAGUUGCCAUUGGAGAAUUGAUUAAAGGUGGUGGAGUUUGCAAUGAAGUAUCCCUAGAAUGUCAAGGGGUAAAAAUUCAGGUUGAUUUGUUAGUGAUGCCCAUGGGGGGUAGCCAGAUUAUUUUAGGAGCUGAUUGGAUGAAGACUCUUGAAGAUAUUACUUUGAAAUUUAAAAAGUUGCAGGAGUUGCCCCAUCUUCCUCCAAGUAGAAGUAUUGAUCAAAAAAUUCAACUGGAAGACGGAACCAAGCCUAUUUGCAUCAGACCAUAUAGGCAUGCACAUUUCUUAAAAGAUGAAAUUGAAAAACAAGUGGAAGAGAUGCUUAAGAAGGGAAUUAUCAGACCUAGUAACAGCCCUUUUUCUUCACCUAUAGUCAUGGUAAAAAAAUCUGAUGGGAGUUGGAGAAUGUGCGUUGAUUAUAGAUCUUUAAACCAGUCUACAAUCAAAGAUAAAUUCCCUAUCCCUGUUAUAGAUGAGUUAUUAGAUGAGCUACAUGGCACAAAAUAUUUUACCAAACUGGAUUUAAAAUCUGGUUAUCAUCAAAUAACGAUGUAUGAAGUAGAUAUUCCUAAAACUGCUUUCAGGACACACAGUGGCCACUAUGAAUUCUUGGUAAUGCCCUUUGGACUCACAAAUGCUCCUUCAACUUUUCAAGCCCUUAUGAAUACCAUUUUUAAAGACCUGCUCAAGAAGUUUAUUUUGGUUUUCUUUGAUGAUAUAUUGGUUUACAGUAAAGGGUGCUUUGGACAAACACAAGUGGAUUAUUUGGGGCAUGUUGUGUCUCAGGAAGGUGUUGGGGUGGAUCCAAAGAAAAUUGAAGCUAUUGUUGACUGGCCAAGACCUAAAACAUUAAAAGGAUUGAGAGGCUUCCUAGAUUUAGCAGGGUACUACAGAAAAUUCAUCAAGAAUUUUGGAGUUAUAGCUCAGCCAUUGAUAGUUGUUGAAGAAAGGAGCCUUUAUCUGGGGGGAAAAUGCUGA